ACCCUGGGGAAAAAAGUCUCCGGCUCUCCCACAGGAGAGCUAUAGUUUGGGAAAAUACGCGGUUCUAGCGUAGGCACGCAUAGAGAAGGCGCAGAUCUAUUCGUCUGAGUUCUGCGGCACUUAUUUUGAGUAGAGGAAGUUUAGCCGGAAGAAUUUAAGGACCGUUCCACUUCCGGUAACACCGGGUGCACUUGAAAGAUGGCGUCCUCCAAAUUGGAACAGCAGGCUACAACGGCUGGGAAAAGAGAAUUUCAUAACCAGAAGCUGAAGCCGGAUAAUCAAGAUGAAUCAGAACUUCUCACUGUUCCUGAUGGUUGGAAGGAACCAGCUUUUUCCAAAGAGGACAAUCCCAGAGGACUUCUGGAGGAGAGCAGUUUUGCAACUUUGUUCCCAAAAUACAGAGAGGCUUACUUGAAAGAGUGCUGGCCAUUGGUGCAGAAAGCACUGAAUGAACACCAUGUUAACGCAACCCUGGACCUGAUCGAGGGCAGCAUGACAGUCUGCACAACAAAGAAGACCUUUGAUCCGUAUAUCAUCAUUAGGGCCAGAGACCUGAUAAAACUGUUAGCAAGGAGUGUUUCAUUUGAACAGGCAGUACGAAUUCUUCAGGAUGAUGUUGCAUGUGACAUCAUUAAAAUAGGUUCUUUAGUAAGAAAUAAAGAAAGGUUCGUAAAAAGAAGACAACGGCUUAUUGGUCCUAAAGGAUCUACAUUGAAGGCACUGGAACUCUUAACAAACUGUUACAUUAUGGUUCAGGGAAACACGGUUUCAGCCAUUGGACCAUUUAGAGGCUUAAAAGAGGUUCGAAAAGUAGUCCUAGAUACUAUGAAGAAUAUUCAUCCAAUUUAUAAUAUUAAAACCUUAAUGAUUAAAAGAGAGUUGGCGAAAGACUCUGAAUUAAGAUCACAAAGUUGGGAAAGAUUUUUGCCACAGUUCAAGCACAAAAAUGUAAACAAGCGCAAGGAACCAAAGAAAAAAACUGUUAAAAAAGAAUAUACACCAUUCCCACCACCACAGCCAGAAAGUCAGAUCGAUAAAGAACUGGCUACUGGUGAAUACUUUCUGAAGGCAAGUCAAAAGAAGCGGCAGAAAAUGGAAGCAAUAAAGGCUAAACAAGCAGAAGCUCUUACUAAGAGACAAGAGGAGAGAAACAAAGCUUUUAUUCCACCUAAAGAAAAACCAGUUGUGAAGCCUAAGGAAGCUUCUACUGAAACUAAAAUUGAUGUGGCUGUCAUCAAGGAAAAGGUUAAGAAAGCAAAGAAUAAGAAACUUGGAGCUCUUACAGCUGAAGAAGUUAAGCUUAAAAUGGAAGCAGAUGAAAAGAAAAAGAAGAAAAAGUAAUACACACACAAAACACUGAACUAGAAUUUAUUAAGAUAUCUCCUUUUGUAAAGGACUUUGACAUACUAGGGCGUUAGUUGCCUUAAGUGUAAGAAGUAAUACUCUGAUUACUUUUUUCUGAGUUUGUUUUCUUUAUAAGAGUGUUUAUAUAUACAGCUUUUCUUUAUAAAUUAUGUUCUUCGUGUGUUUUUUGAAAGAUUUUUUACUACAGAGUGGUAUAUAUGUCUUUGUAUACAUUGUACCUAAUCUGUUCCAGGCAGGCUUGGUCUAGCAUGAUUUUAGGAGUAAUUCUUUAGGUUGUUUAUAUAAAGAUUUUUGGAAUGUGGCUGUUGUAAUUAUCCAUCAAAUUGAAUGUCUGAUGACAUUGGUUAGUCUUUAAAUACAGGGUGGGGCAAAAGUAGAUUUAUAGUUGUGAGUACGUGAAGCAGAGUUUAUUCUUGUAUUAUUAUUUAUUGUUGUAUUAUUUUUCAUAUGAACAACUGUAAACCUACUUUUGCCCCACCAAACUGUGUCCCAGCAUUUGGUUUUGAGGAAAAUAAAUGCAGAUUUUUCAGUGCUCUCUUUGAAAACAUUGUAUCAGUGCUCUCUGAUACAAACAUUUAGGUUUGUCCCUUCUUGUAAUCUUAUUUUACAUUCUGUUCCAACAUUUAACAACCCACAAGCCAAAAAAAA